AAGCUGCGGUCACUUCCGAGUUCUGACUUUGCGAACAGUCAUUUGAUAGUCUCAGAGGUAACAGCAUCAGUGUCAGUCAUGACUGUGAUCUAACGAAAACUAGGCAGACAAAGGCGGACAAAGAUUGCGGAAGUAUGAUGCGGUGCCAGCUUACCUGAUGCGUCACAAACUGAUAUAAAGGCCUAGACCAUCAGUUUGGCAUGAAAUAGUACAGUGGAUUUCCUCGUCCAUUUUAGGUGUAGGCCGUUGGCAUUCGAUAAAGAAUGGCCAUCAAAGCUGGAAAUUCGCCGCUUUUAAUUCAAGGCGCGAACUGGGGCAUCGAAAAUAUAGUUCAGCUUCCCUUAAACUCUGUGCUUGGCGACCCGGCGUUCGUCUACGUCAACGUGUUCUCUAUGAUCAUUCUAGUUGUGGUUCAGCUGGAAAAACUUUUCGUUAGGAAAAAAACCCGCUCCUCUAGAAAGAUCGGUGAAGAUCAACACACCGUCUUCAAAUUACUUGAGAGAUCUUUGCAGAACACUGGAAUCAAUGGUAGGGCUUGUCUCCUACGGGCUAUAUGUGAGAUGCAGCAAAACCCGUUUAAUCACUAUUCGAUUAUGGGAGAAAUUCUGACAGCUCUUUUGACACCUAAACGAGCUGCUGGAAACCUGAUGCAAGAGUAUUUAGAAGCGGAAAAGCUGGGCCAAGCGGAUGCAGAGUCUUGCAUUACAAACUAUUCGGGAUGUCCAGUGUCACUUUUCAACAUGAUGCGCACGUACAGUACACCAGCCGACAAGCCGCACAUUCAUCAUCACGCAAAAGAUGCCAAUGAAGAGGGAAGAUUUCUUGAUGCAGAAGCAUCGGACGAAGACCCGGGCGGAAUAGAUGAUGGCGAUCCGCAGAAUCGUACCUGUAAUUUUAGGGUCGACAUGUUUUAAAAUCAAUGUGGCAUUAUAUAAUCAUUUUCAAUUAACAAAAAAAAAGCUAUGUGGCAAAAAGUAGCUGCUGUCUAUUUAUAACUGUUAAGAUUCCUUAUUUAUUGCCAAAUACCUUUGCCGUCUCACAUUUUGCAUGUGAAAAUUACCCGGGAAGAUGUUUUGGAAAUAAAACAAUAGGAGACCGGGGCAUGUAAGCACACUUUUUACACACACGCACCCCAAGGACAUAUUUUCCCCUGAAAUAACUAAUUUUUUUUUUGUAAAAUACUAUGCUAUCUUAACUCAAAUGCUACGCUUAAAAAAGAAUAAAUUAUUUAUAAAUUCUAUAACAAAAAGGU